AAUCAUUCAGAAAUUAAGCUGAGAAUGAGUUUUCCCACAACCACCUGUUGUACUUGAUAGCGUUCAGCAGACUUUAGUUGUUUUAUUCUUUUUCAUCUUUAAGAGUUGGAAUGUGGUCGAGCACGUGUUCUAAGGUUUCGGCCAAGGGCAUGGAGCCGAUAAACCCUGCACCACGAUUUCGAAUGUUUGGAGGGAAUUAUAUGGGAGGAUGGUGAAGAAGGUAAAAGACGCAUUUCGCAGUGCCUUGCAAAACUUCGCACAUAUUUUCAAUGGAUAAAGUGAUGCUUGAAUCUAGGUAGAGAUGGAAAAUGAACUUAUUUGUCCUGUUUGUCGAGAAUUCUUUAAAGAUCCAGUUGCCUUGCCUUGCUCACACAAUCUUUGUUUUGACUGCGCAAAGAAGUCAGUUGCCUCUGCAAACCCGGAAUCACAGCACAACGAUGGGGCUUCAGACGAUAGUGGAUACCUCAGUAUCGGCGAAUUUCAGCAAAUGUGUCUAACCAGUAAUCGGCCACCUCAUCCCCUGCCCUUUCCUCAAUUCAUUCUAACCUGUUCACGUUGCUCACAAAAUUAUGGCCUAGACGAACGAGGUUUAGACAGCUUGCCCCGAAAUUUAAUCCUUGAAGGAUUGGUUCAAAGGUUUCAAGCAAAAAAUAAUGAGCUUGAGUGUCAACUGUGCGAAAGCCAACCAGCUACUAAAGCUGCAUGGAUGUGUGAGCAAUGUCAAGUGGCCUAUUGCGAGGGCUGUCUCAAUGUCUAUCAUCCAAAGAGGGGACCCCUGGCGAAACAUUCACUUGUUCGACCAGUUCCGGACAAAGUUGCUCAAAACUCAUCGAAAAGCCGGUCAAUUUUGAAGUGUAUAGAACAUGAAGAGGAAAAUAUUAGCAUGUACUGUACACAUUGUAAGUGCACGGUCUGUUAUUUGUGUUUUGAAGGAGGUCGUCACAGUGGCCAUGAAGCCAAAGCCCUUGGUUUGAUGUUCAAAGAACAGAAGAAUGAACUGGCAAAGAAUGCAAAAACAUUGGGUGACAAAAGCAGAGAGCUCCAGAAUUUUAUUCAUCUGUUGCAGGAUAAUUUAUCAAAAGUCACUGAGAACGGAGUUGAAUUUGAGGCACAAAUUGUUGCUAAAUUUGAUGAAUUAAGCAAAGCACUGGAGGAAACAAGAUGUAAGCUGAUUGAAUGUGUCAAUAAUCAUGUUUCUUGUAAAGGUCAGAUGGUUCGAGACCAAAGCAAUUUAUGUAAAGAAAAACUGAAAAAUACAACAGGACUUUUGCAAUAUACAUUCGAAGUUCUGAAGGAAAGUGACCCAUCAGGAUUUUUAACGAUAUCCAAUCCACUGAAUAACAGAUUGUGCACGAACCUAAAAGACUGGGAAAGCGACGGGGCAUUACGACCAAUCUCAACGCCAGAGAUCGAGCUCACAUUGGAUCCAUCGCCAAUUAUUGCUUCUCUUGCAGCUCUCCAGUUCACAGAAUUGACUGGCCCUGGAGUGCCAGAAAUCAUCCCUGAUGAAUGCUCAGUAACAAAUAAUAAUAUUGUCCUGUCGUGGAGGAUGUUGGAUAAGAGUUCUCCCGAUGGCUAUCUCAUAGAAAUUGAUGACGGCAUUGGUGGAUCCUUCGAAGUAGUAUAUGAAACGGACAAGAAUUUCUGCAGUCUUGGCGGGCUGCAGUUUCAUUCAACAUAUAGGGCUCGUGUAAGGGCUUUCAAUAGAGCGGGUGAAGGGGAACCAAGCGAAGUUGUUUACCUAACGACACCUGAUGUGGCAGUUUUCAAUCUCGACGCGGCCACUGCCCACCCGGAUAUCAGGAUAAGUUGCGAAAACAUGGUUAUGACGUGCAACAGUUUUGAGAAUCGAGUUGUUCUUGGUGAUGUCGGGUUUAGCCGUGGCAAACACUACUGGGAAGUGACAGUAGACAGAUACGAAGGCAACCCCGAUCCAGCCUUUGGUAUUGCACAAGAGGAUGUUGCGAAGGACGUGAUUCUUGGGCGUGACGAUAAGGCCUGGGCUGUUUAUGUUGAUAGCACAAGGAGCUGGUAUCAACAUAACAACGAGCAUUUGUUUCGUUCCGAAGGUGGAAUCGAGGCUGGAUCAACAGUAGGACUGCUCAUUGACUUAGAUGAAAAUACAGUAACUUUUUAUUGUAAUGGUGAGAAGAGAGGUCCAGUUUCGUUCCCCAGUCUGGCCAAUGCUGAUGUUGUUUACCCAGCUUUUAGUUUGAAUAGGAAUGUUUCGAUGACCCUCCAUACGGGUCUGGAGGUAAACUGCGAGGACUAGAUCUUCAUUUGCGCCGCGAGGUUUAUCUUCCAUACGGAUGAAGUUUCCCAUGUUUAUGUUUUUAAGAAUAAGAGUAAAAUUAUUUGCAAAAUGUAGAUAUUUAUUUAUUGUUUUCAUGUGUAAAUAUGAUUCUGUAGAAGAAUGCCAUAUUAGAAGUAAGGGCAGAGGCCCACAGAUCUAGUUUAGCCAUUGUUGUUUCUUCGUUGUGAUAAUCAUUGCGAAUAUGCAUUUAGCCAGAUGCGAAUUUAACGAGGGUGUGGUCAGUUCUAUUCGAUAAUUCACACACUCCUAUGCCAUACACAAUUCAAACCUUCCCCCCAAUUCCUCCUAUAUCUGCCGCAGCUGGCAGCAAAAGAUAGACAUUCAAAUCAGAACCAUCCAUAUACGAGUGGCUUCACUGAUUUUCGUUCCAUUUGGCAGUUUCAGAAAGGAAGUAUAUCUCUAGUUUAUAGUAAACUUUUAAAAUUCUUUGUGCGAGGCAUUUUGCUUUCCAGGUGUAUUCUAAUCUCAACCUCGAGUAAAUGAAUUGUCUUAUAACUAUUUAUUCAAAAAUACUCUGCCAAAAAAGCUACCCAUGUAACAUAAAAUAUGUUUAACAAGUUGCUUUCGUUAGCUUAUGUAAACUGAGGUUGUUGUGCAAGCCAAACCCUUGUGUGUAUCCCUAGUGUUCUAAGGGACAACAAAUUGCUCUCUGGAAGAGGUCUUCAGUUUAUAUUUGAAAGCGAUAGGUAGGUAGGAAGCUAGAAAGAUUAAGCUCAUUUGAUAAUUUUUUUUGUUUUUUCAACCAUUUUCCCCAAGAAAAUUACCAAUCCAAUACCCAGAAGUUUUUGAAUAAAGCGCACUAGAAGGCCUUAAGAGAAAUCUCAAGAGAUUCCUCUGAUCAAAAGAUCAUAUUAAGUCUCCUGGUUAGGUCCAAUAAACCUUAAGGAAACGAGUUCAGAGCCCAUGGCCUACUUAGCCAGUGAAAUAAACCAGUUUUUGCAGGGUUCUUUUAAAGUGACUUUCCCGUUGCUGCUAUCAUGGGACACUGUUGUCUAACAACAUUUUUGGGGAGACGAACAGAAGAAAGUCUUUUGGUGGGUGAGGCAACCCUCCGUCCUGUCAUCAAAGAGCUUGCGCAUACAAUUAAACCAUUAUUGCGCAUGCACUUUGACAACAGGACGGAGGGUUGCCUCACACAUUUGAUGAUUUUGACUUGCCAACCAGGCAUUACAGUUUUGAUUGAUGUAGCUUUCGUCGCCAUGUCGUCAUUUAUAUUCUUUUACAGAGAUCUCUAUUGAAGUAAUUUUAUUUAUUGAUAGCUUUAUAUUUAUUGGUAAUCAACGAUAUGGUUGUUAUUUAUGAUUAUAGUGUUCAAGCUUAUGUUCUCGUAAAAUAUAUUUAUUACAGUAAGUGUAUUUAUCUGGCCUCGAAUAUCAGCAAAUCUGAAUUCAAUAUGCAGGCACGUGGGAUAUAUUCAUUGCGCCCUUGGAUUUCAUGCCCCCCCCCCCUAAAACAUGUGUCAUCACUGGGCUGCCUUCUUGUAAAAUCCCAUCCCCCUUGAACUAGACUGAUUUGCAGAUAAUCACUGUAGAACCGGAGGAAUGUAUUGUAAGAUAUACUACUACUACUACUAAGACGUUACACGCAGUUAAUACUGCACGACGCGUCUCACAAUGCCGAGCCAGUUCUUUCUGUCCUGUGUCAGAUAAUCUAUUCAAUGUUUGUGCUUCUUUUGAGAGAUCCAGUUUAAUUCCGAUGCCGGCCAAAUCUUGCCUUACUGUCUGCAUCCAGGUCGUCUUUGGUCUUCCUUGUGGCCGUUUUACUAUAACUACUUCAGACAUCUCAUAAAGAAAAAUGCAGGACUGGCGACGUCGUUUUAUUAAGGCAAGCCUUGGGGUUGGGGAAGGGGCCAAAGGCAUUAACCCUUUCCCCAACGCUGAGGCGAUGCACAGUGAAGUGUGAUUUAAGUAUUAGUUAACAAAAGAAUGGUUAUUUCAAUUUGUAGCUAAAAUAAUUGUUGUAGCCGAGAAAGAGCGAUGAAAGUAAAGUGUGGACCUGUUUUCUGAUUAUUUGGCUCGUUACUCUUCGUGUGUUUGUUGGUCGUUUUCUCAACAAAUACAAUAGUGGCAGCUUCUCUCAUAAAACCCAGUCUGCAGUGACUUUAUGACCAUAAUGGGAACAUUACUUUGAUAGAAGGAAACCGUCUGAAUUGUCCCAGAAAUGUAAUUCCGGAAAUUUUUCGUCAGAAAAUUCGCUAAUAAGGGAGUCCAAUAAUCCAACGACAGAUAGAAAUAACGGCUCAAAAAUCGUUUGAAAAAAGGGUUUACCAUUCUUUAAAAACUUGUGCAUAUGUUUAAAAGAUAAUUGUUUCUUUGUGUUUGACAUUUGAAUAUGAAAUUAGAUCAUUGAAUUGAAUUUGAAUUGAAUUAUGAGCAAUGGGGUACCAUGUAACAAUCCUUUGAACACUUUUUUUUAGAAUUUUGUCAGAAUCUAUGAAGUGGCCUUGAAUAAAAGCAAGCGUUUUGAAACAAGUUACUAAAGCUUUUCGUCUGAGACUUCAGAGUAUAAAGCGUCAGAAUAUAGAUCGAAAACUCCACGCUAGGAAAUAUAUAUACCCAGUUGUGGAUCGAAUAGGUCAAUUGAAACGCAAGCACGUGACUGUUCAGGUUGCCCAAUCAGUGCCCAGUCUUAAAAGUCAAGUAUUGGAUAAGAAUAAUCUUUCCCACUGUGCUGCUUAAAUAAGUUAAGGCAAUUUUGGUUUCAGAAAAAAAUUAUGAUUUGAUCUAUAAUUCAGGGAAUCCGUGGAAGUAAUGGUUGAAACAGACCAAGGAAAGUCUUGAUUUCAGUUUGUGAGAAAUUAGCAUUACGAUUUGUUUAUUAGCAUCUUGUUUGUUUGUUAUUUGACCGUACAGGCUAUAAAAACAUCUAAAAACAUAAAUAGGAAGCUGACGAACAAUCAUAGGACACCUGUAAAACCGACAGAAGUACAUCUUUUGAAGAUUUGCGUCAAAUCCAAGGCACGGUGCAAGGACAGCGCUAUUGCUCUUCAGUUUUCUUGUUAGCUUUGUUUGGUUUGAGAAAACUUGGUCUUGAGGUUUUGGCCUUAUGCCUUACGUGUCACGAUGCAUUCUUGUCCCGAAUAUACUUUUGGUCGAUUUUCCUCUAUAAUAGACAGUUUUCUUGACAUGCAUCCAUUUUAAAAAUCAUGGAAAAUAAUAUUGAAAUUUUCUUUGUAAAGCUUCCUCUAGAUUCUAGACCU